AUGGAGGAAGAGGAAGAAGAAAUUAGACUUUUAGAGGAAGGCGAUUAUGGGGAAGAUGAAGAUUUCACGAAAACCGAAGGACGGAUUUUCCCGACGACUUCUUUUAUGAAUGCUUCAACGAAGACAAAUGACCAAUUUGAGAUUUUGCCAUCGCCAGAUGGGAAAGCAGCAAGUGUGGUCAAGAGCAGUUUAUACGUUAAAAAUGAGGAUGACGUCUUUGAGGAGCCGUCGAGUGAUGAAAGCCUGGAAUUCAGCAAGCAAUACGAGUCAACGACCUUCCAUCAAGCCGCUCGUGACGGCGACUGUCACAUUAUUGAGCAAAAGCUCAAGCAUCAAUAUCGAGGUGGAAAAAGAAAAUAUCUAAAGCGCGAUAUUAACUUAUUGGAUUCGAUGAAACUCGCACCGCUGCACUACGCCGCCAAGUAUGGAAGGCAUGAUGCAGCGAGUUUACUGAUCGAAAACGGCGCCGAUUUGCUCCUCUCGGGCGACGAUGGAUGUUUGCCAAUCCAUUUGGCGGUCAAAUACCGUCCAGAAGCAUUUGCCCAGAUCGAAUCCAAAGUUGGCGAUUUCGAAGAGCAGCUCACUCCGCUCGGCGUUCCCGACCCACGCGACAGGGCGAAAUCAAUCGCGAUUACUUCCGACAGCUUCCUUCAAACGCUAGAGCUUCUGAUUCAGCAAGGAAUUCCCCUUGACCCGGAAAUCGUCAGCGCUGACGAUGCUUAUGGCGAUUCUCCGCUUCACUACGCCGUUUACCGGAGCAACGAUGCUGCGGCAAAGCUUUUGCUAGAGAAAGGAGCGGACAUUGACGACUGCGACAAGUCCAAUGCCACGCCGCUUCAUUUUAUCGCAAAGAACGGCGACAACGAGUUGUUGAAUCUCUUCAUCGAGUUUCGCGCAAAUUUGUCGCAUAAAGACGACGAUGGAACGACUGCGUUUCACCAUGCCGUUUCUGGCGGCCACAUUCAAUUCCUCGAAGUGCUAUUUGCGUCGAUCAAGAGCGGUAGAAUCACGUACGACGGCUUGACCGGCGAUGAAGGGCUAACAAAGUGCAUUCUUGAGCGCGACAAUGAAGAUUUCUCAUGUUUGCAUUAUGCGAUCCGCGCUAGAAAUACCAACGAAGUCCUCACUUUUCUCCUCGAUGAAUUGAAGCGUCUCGGGCUGAAAGAACUCAUCAACCAUCAGACGAAACAAACACGAGAUACAGUCCUCCACCUCGCCGCGGAAGAAGGCGGACAAACAGUCGAAAAGGGCAUAGAAGUCAUUCGAACGCUGCUGAAACACGGAGCCAAGCGACGAGUCCUGAACGAGUCUCACGAGACGCCAGUCUACCUCGCUGCAAAAAACAACAAGCCGAAGAUCAUCAAGUACCUGUCUCUUCGAGCCCGCGAUCUUUUGGAAGUUCGAGACAAAGAUGGAUGGACACCGCUCAUGAUCGCCGCUGAUCAAGGGCAUUUCGAAGCGACAGAUGUGUUGCUAGAGCUCGGGGCAGAUAUAACCGCCAAGGACAAAAAUGAUCGAAAUUGCGUCUUCAUCGCUGCGAAAGAAUCGAACUACAAAUAUCUCCGUCACAUUCUCAAUAAAAACAAAUCCAUCGCUUCCACACUCGUCAACGAAAGGGACACGUAUCACAACUCCCCCUGCCACGAGUGCUGCCAUAUCAAUCAAAAUGCAAAGCCCUUGGAUCGGCUAAAAACGCUAGAAUGCCUCACUGAUUUUGGCGCAAAAGUCGACCAUAAAAACGACGAAGAAAAAACCGCACUGCAUAUAGCCGCAGAAAACGGACAAAUUACCCUCAUACGUUUCCUUACUAACUUUGACAACAAGCUUCUCCAGGAUUGGGAUGAAGAGGGAAAUACUGCACUCCACCUAGCAGCGUACAAUAAACGAGGGAAGACAGUAGCGGAGCUUUUGAACAAAGGAAUUCAAGUCGAUGAAGUCAAUUCAAAAGGAUGGACAGCUCUUGAUGCCGCGGCAGCUGUUGGUCAUCUCCAAAGCGCGAAGAUUCUUCUCGAUCACGACGCUCCCGUCGAUUCUACCGACAAAUCGAACGUCACUCCACUUCAUUUGGCAUCGAUGAACGGCCACUUAGAAGUCGCCAAAUACCUGCUUGAGCAAGGAGCAGAUGUGAGAAUCGUCGAUACGGACGGGCGAAAUGCGCUGGACUAUGCAAUUGAUUACUAUCACGAAGAUAUCGUCACGAUGUUUUUGGAAAGCGACGAGUGGAAAGCUUGUCUUUCAAAUGCCACGGAUAUGAGGAGAGAGAAUCCGAUGAGGCCAUAUGUGACGCCCAUGAGGAAGCUGAUUCUGCACAUGCCCGACCAAGCAAAAUACAUCUUCAAUCGCUGCAUGGAAGUCACUAAUCACCCUCCGAAAUCGAAAGAAGGAGCGAUUUGGAAGCCUUUCCUCAGCGCUACGAGGAAGGAACUUGAAUCAAAGAAUCUUCAAGUUCGAAUGAACUUUUCCUUCAUCGACGACGAAUUCGUUAUCACAAAGUACGAGUGGGACAAGAACAAGAUGAGGGACCAAAGUUCCGAUUCAAAAUCGUACGUUUCCAUGGGCGAUGCUGACCCAGAGCCUUACGAUGAGGAUAAUACCGUUUUGAAUGAAAACCACCCGCUUAUCUACGUCAUUGAAUCGCGUGCAGAAGAACUGUUGACGCAUCCGCUCGUUAUCGCACUGUACAACCUGAAGUGGAACAAGCGCGGCUUCUGGAUUUACUAUUUGAACUUGCUCGUUUACAUCUUUUUUAUGAUCUGCCUGAAUAUCUACGCGUACGAGUCCCCUCCACCAUAUUCGGUGGAUUUCUCAUUCCAAUUCGCCCCUUGCGUUGGAAAUCGCCUGGAAGAGCCGAUCGGUGUGCCGAUUCUCGAAGGAACAGCGCAGGACAUUUGGGGCGAUUGCUACAUUUUCCCCCCAAUUCGCGACAAUUUAGGGAUCAUCUGCUACAUUCUCAUUUCCUUCCGUUUGCUGCUCGAAGUGCUGGAAAUUUACACAUCUGGGCUUCUUUCUUACAUCCAAGAAGUGGCUAAUAUCCUCGAGAUCGCGCUCUACGUCCUUUCCAUUCUGUUCCUGAACAGUGUCGAUUCUUGCUACGACUUAAAUGAGCUGAACCCGGCGCAUUGCUGGCAAUGGGAUGUUGGAGCCACGGCGAUUUUGCUCUCUUGGAUGGUUCUCAUUCUUUUUAUUCGAAAAACUCCGGUCUUUGGUAUCUACAUCCUGAUGUUCGUAUCCGUCAUGAAGACAUUCUUCCAGUUCUUGUUCAUUUUCGCACUCUUCAUUUUCGGCUUUGCCCUGACAUUCUUUAUGCUCCUUCAGAAUCAAGUUCCUUUCGAUUCCCUCCCAAAAUCCGUCAUGAAAACCGUGGUAAUGAUGAUUGGCGAAUUCGAGUACGAAGGAAUCUUCGAAAACUUUCCAGAAGACUACGACCCGACUUGCGAAGAUGAUCCCGAUUGUGCGGAAUGGAACUCGAUCAAUUUUACAUCCAAAGUCAGCUACGUCAUUUUUUGCAGCUUCAUUAUUGUCGUCACGAUUGUCAUUUCCAACAUCCUGGUCGGUUUGGCUGUUGAUGAUAUCAAAGGAGUUCAAGAAAGCGCGAUUCUACAGCGCCAAGCGAUGAAAAUCCGACUGGCUCUUUUUGCUGAAUACAAACUCCCGCAUAGCUACCGAUACUCGUUAUUUGACAACAAUCGAAAACAUGUGGUGAAAAUCGGAAGUGAAAAUUCGUUCUUCUUCAGCUGGUAUUCUCGCUUUAUGAAGUGGAUCGAUAGGGAUUCUAGAGUAACAAGACACAAGCUGAAAACUCUUUUGUCCGAAAAAGAAGACGACCUCGAUGAAGUGUGGGAAGAAAUGCACAAGCUUGGCGAUCAAGUCAAAGAAAUCCAAACUGAGAUCGGCGAUGUAUCCGAAAACGUUCAAAAAAUGUCUCGAAUGUUGGCGAAGCUCCUCGAGCAACAUAAUUUAUCGGAAGAUUGA